UACAGGCCAUUUACCAUUUACCAUUAACAGGGGGUGGACUGGUUGAAGUUUAUUGAUUCUUCUUGCUGACCUUUACCCUUUAAAGUUAUACACACAGUUUUAAUUUGAAGUUGUAAAUUGGUCAUUAACUGGAAACCAGUUCAAAACCAGGAAACAGAUCCAGCAGCUGGAACAAACCAUUACCAGCAACCUCACAGCCCAGAAGAACAGACUUAACUUUAAUCAAAGAGAAAAAAGGGAAUUUAUUGUACAUUUCAAUCAAAAACAAGAACAAAGGUCCAGACGUCGCUGUGAGAUCUCCUUCAGCCUCACACUUCCCUCUGGUCGACUGUGACAGGUGUGUCUGCUCACUACUGUCAGCCUCGUCUCCGCCCCCUCACCACAGGGUUUCUGUGUUUUGGUCCCAGGCUGCAGCCCGUACCCCGACCUCCCCAUGACCCAGGAAUUCUACUCUGCUCUGAAGAGAGGAUACAGGAUGAGUCGACCCGACCACGCUCCUGAGGACAUGUACGACGUGAUGAAACGCUGCUGGGAAGAGAAACCUCAGUCCAGACCUUCAUUCUCUUCACUGCUCAUCGCAAUGGGCAACAUGCUGACUGACGACUAUAAACAGCGUUACCUGCAGAUUACCGAAGACUUCCUGAAGGGAGGAAAUCCAGCUGUGCACCGAUACAAGCAGAGUUUAUCCAGAGGUGCAGAGGAGCAGGAGGACGCACACGCAAGUGCCACCUCUCAGGUAAAUAGGCCAGAGGCGGAGCCAGUAGAGGCAGGUUCCUCGCAUGUCGCUUACAUUCUGCCCGUUACCGAAGUCACAAUUGAAAGCAGCGGUGGCGCUGCGCUGGACGCAGUCAGCCCUUCGAUGUCAGACUCUCCCGCCAUCUCAUACUCUCCCGAAGUGACAUCAUCAGAGAACAGACAGGAAGCUGUGGGGCCUGAGGAGGAGAGUCGUCUGUGAAGGUUUCACCUGCCUGAAAGUCUGGGGCAGGGUUUAAAUAACCCAUGCAUCUCUGCAAAGGGGCUCCUGUGCCCUGAGUAUGGACUGUAGGAGGUUGUGUAACCUUUUUACCUGCAAAGCUUGUUUAGGUCACAGAGUCAGAGUGUGCUGAGUGUGCAGCAGGUCCUGAUUCACAUUUAUAAACUUUAGUAUCCUCAUGUACUCUGACUUUUCUAUCUGUAUAUCCAAACUGCUGGCCCGUGUCAGGACUGAAGCUCCCAUUAAAAUGUACUCGUGGA